GUUCUCAGUAACUGACAAACAUAUGCGGUAGGGUAAUAUGAAAAAGUUUAACUUGUGCAGCCAACCAGACAAUCCUGGUUUCUCCCAAAUUGUCUAAGCAGAGGUCCUCUGAACUGUUUUCAGACGAGUCAGGUUUUCACUUUUUUAUUUCAAUCCUUUUCUUCAAACCAUGUUCGUGAUGUUAAGUUUUGGUAUCGUUAAUACUAAUAUUAUGUCAAAUUAUUUGUCAUUUACCUUGCUAAUUUCAUCUGUCUUUGCUAAAGUGAUGUAGCAGUUCAGGUCAGUGUAUAUUUAUUCGUAGUCAUACGUUGAUUAUGACUCACUAGGUUGUUUCAUUUCUAUGCAAAUACGUACUAAUCGCACGUAAUUUAUCAGUGAUCAUUCAGUGUAAUUUUUUCUGUCCUACAGGACAGGUUGUUUUAUGACAUGAGGUGAUGUCAACUCAAAUUAUGAGUAGCAUUGGUACCCUCAAGAAUCCAAAUACGUCUCGCCAACGAGUAACAACUAGCACAAAAUCCAAGUUUAGGACUUCUUGCUAAUGACCUCGAAUCGUUUAAUAAUAGCUUGUAGCCGUCUGCUUUUUCUUAGUGCACGUUUACAUUGUUCAACUUUCUACAGAAAUGGUAAAAUCAUAUAGUUAAUUUUAUUUAGACGAAAUAUUUCGUUAAGUCAAACUUUUUGCUUUAUGUUUCCUGAGCUUCAGCUAAGCAGACUUUAGUGAUAUUAGUGUUACCACAUAGUUUACGAGUUUAUUUUAAACUUCUAAUUUAGAUGGAUAUUGCUGAAAUCUUACUCUCACAAUUUCCUAAUCCUCAACAUCCUUAUGUUGCUAAAAAUGGUGCCUGUACAUGGAAAGCCUGCCAAAAGUGGGAUCUGCAUUAUCUAUCAGGGAAAAUAAAAAGUAACUUGAAAUUUCGUCUGGCCAAAAAAGAAAGUACCAAAGUACAGUGGGAGACAUAUUGUCCGUCUGUUAAUGCAACAUUAGCAGAAUUUAAUGAAUGGAUAAAUGGAGUAGACAAUACGAAUAAUCCUUUCUCUAAGUACCCUAAAGAAUCUUGGUGGGCUUAUGCGGAUUACAUAUAUAUGAAUCAGUCACCUGAUUUUCAAGGUUUAGUUGAAGAUUUAUCGUUCCAAGAAUUGUUUCCGUUUCUAAAAAGUAAUAUCAGUCCAACAUUUUGGCUUGGAUCGUCUAAAGCUCAUACUAUUUGUCAUCGAGAUACUUACGGAGUUAAUCUGGUAGUACAAAUCAAAGGGUCCAAACGCUGGAUAUUAUUUCCACCUUCGGAUAGCCCACAUAUGUAUGAAACUCGAUUACCUUUAGAAGAAUCUACUGUUUUUAGCAAAGUUAAUUUCACAUUACCUAACUGCAAAAAACAUCCUCUCUUAUUAAAAACAACUCCCUAUCCUGUAACACUUUAUCCAGGAGAUAUUCUUUUUGUCCCAAGAAAUUGGUGGCAUUUUGUUGAAUCAUCAUCUGAAUAUGAUUUUACUUGUUCAGUAAACUUAUGGAUUGACCAACCUUCACUUGAUAAUAAAGCACGCCUUAGAGAAUGUCUCACACAAUUAGUCGGCUUCUCUUUGUUAUCUAAUUAUGAUCGUAAUGAUCAUAAAGUUUUAUUACAUCCAUCUGAACAAGCAACAUAUGAAAAUGAGUUUUGGUUUAAACAACUAUUGGAUUAUCUACAUAUACUUUUUCAUCAAAACCCAAAUGAAUCAUCUUCCAAUGGAGAAGAGAAUUUAGAAGAACCUUCAAAACAAGCUAGGUUUUCUAGUAUCAUCAAUUGGACACCUUUAACUUCAGAAAAGCUAGACAGUUUAUUUACUAUUUCAGAGGAAAAUUCUACAUCCGAUAUUGUUAAUACUCUUAACUUCGAACAGAUUGUAGAUGCAUUCAUGAAACCUGAUGUUAUUGAAUUAGUUGCAAAAUACCUUGAAAAAGAUGUUGUGAAUAAAGAUUUGUAAAUAGAAGCAUUUGCUUAGUUCCUUUCUUUUGUGCUAUACCUUUUAUUCUCUACUGUUUGUUCAUUUCUCAUUUAUUUUAGGUAUAUAGUCAGAAAACUACUUC